AUGGCAAAAAGAAGUCAUUUAUCAGAUUCGGAGAUUGAGAAGCUGCUUUUAGAAAGUGACAAUAAUUUCAGUGACAGUUCUGAAAGUUUACAAGAUACAGAUAUUGAGGCUAGUGAAAGUGACUUCGAUUCAGAAACAUCUGACAACAAGACACUACUGCAGCAGACGGUACCUAGUGAAUUUGUGCAUGCUAGUUCAGUUCGUAUUCAAUAUUUGUUCAGUGGUAAUAGUGAUACAGUUGUGCCUCUAAAACAAAACAAUGUGAUGAGUUGUCUUAUGUGUUUUGUGGAUGAUGCUUUGUGCACAAUGGUAGAUGAACAGACAAACUUAUAUGCAGAACAGUUCAUAGCUUCUCAUCCCAAUUUAGCAGCACGCUCCAGGGUUCACAGUUGGCAGAAUACUACACGCGACAAGGUAAAAACACUUAUUGGAAUGCUUGUACUUCAAGGAAUUCUUCACAAACCAGACCGCAAAAUGUACUUUUCAAAGAGGGAAUCAGUUGACACACCUUUCUUCAGGAAAGUGAUGAGUGAAAAGCGGUUUCAUCUUCUAUUGAAAUUCCUCCACUUUGCUGACAAUACCUCAUAUGAUCCACUAGGCACUACCAGCAGAAAACUAUUCAAAAUUCACGCCACUAUGGAGCAUCUGCGGCAUAAAUUCAGAUCGGUGUACAUGCCAGAAAGGAACAUCACCGUUGAGAAAUCGUUGUUGCUCUGGAAAGGACGGCUUGGAUGGAAGCAAUAUAUUCCAUCAAAGCAUAGCAGAUUUGGCAUCAAAUUGUACGAACUCUGA